AUGGAAGAAACAAUCGCCGAGUUACGACGCCAACUUGAAGAAGAGAGAAAAGCGCGAGAAGACGCAGAGCGCCGAGAAGAGGAGGAGAGACAGGCGCGAGAAGAAGAGAGACAGGCGCGAGAAGAGGCAGAAGAGCAACUGCAACCCAACACACUACUACGCCUCCUCGAUCGCUGCCACCAUUCUCUGUCCCAAGCGAUCAAAGUUGAGACGGAUGCGACCCUCACGACCCAGGGCGACGCGACCGACCCAGUAAACCGACUCUACCCCAAGCACAUCAUCCCUUGGCUUGACUUCCCCGAACUACAGGAACAAGUGUGGGGGAAAUUCGACCGCACCGCCUUUAGCUUGCGCCCACUAUUCCCUUCUGAUACCCAAAUCGAUUAUGUCGUUACGAAUAUCCAGAACGGGCCGAUCUAUUCGGAAGCGUCACUUCGGACUUUUGAGCGAGACACGGUGGAUAACUUUGUCGAAAAGGUCAUUAAGGCUUUGCGAGACGAUGGACCUCUUCGACGUGAGUUUGGAAUCCAAGGCCGAGUCACCUUCUACGAUCGCGCAAACCCAUCGGAAACCUCGCUGGAGAACAGCCUGGAGCAAGUGAACCUUCAGGACGCGCGGACACCCCAACGACCGACGAACACUAGGCAUGGAAGAGGCAGAGGAAGGGAGAGAGGAGCGGCGCAGGGACAGAAGAGGGAUGGCACUGCACGAAGACGCAAUCGGCGUGCCGAUCAGUUCUGCGUGCACCUUGUGGCUGAUGAACGACAAAUACCGGUGUAUGCGGUGGAGUUCAAAGCGCCGCACAAGGUGACAAUCCCCGAAUUAGUGGCGGGUCUACACCAGAUGGAUCUGGCUCGCGAUGUCAUCGACCAAGAAGGCGACACAUUUGAAUUUUAUUCCACCCGCCUUGUCGCCGCCGUGGUCACUCAAAUAUUCUCAUACAUGAUCGACAGUGGAGUUCGAUACGGCUACAUCUGCACAGGGGAGGCCUUUGUUUUCCUACAUAUCCCGGAAGAUGACCCCACGGUUGUUCAAUAUUUCUUGUGUAUUCCAAAUCAAGACGUGCAGCCGGACGAUGAAUUGCGCCUCCACCGGACCGCCAUCGGGCAGGUGCUUGCGUUCACUCUUCAAGCGCUGGCCGCAGAAGCUCCCUCUCAAGAGUGGCACGAUGUGGCACACGACAAGCUAACGACCUGGGAGGUCGAAUAUCUCGACGUGUUGAAGGAAAUUCCCGAAACUUUUCGUAAAGAUCCGAGGUCCUCUAAUUAUCGGCCCUCGCAUUGGAAACGAGAUCGGAAAGUACACAACACACGCUCUCGCGCUCGCUGUCAGCCAGACGCACCUACACCAAGGCAAUUGUCGCCCGAAGGCAGCGGCAGCGAUCAAGAAUCGCAAUCGCCAUCCGCCGCCGCAGCGUCGCGUAGCCGAUUGAGCCGUAGCCGAGGUAGCAACCAUCAGUCAACUAAGGGGAGCGAAAGGACACGAGCCGGCCGGGACAAAAAACAGAAUUCUCGGAAAGACGGGCAUUCUACACGACCAUACUGCACUAUUGCCUGCAUCCGUGGCAUGGUCAACCGUGAACCUCUGGAUAAAAAAUGCCCCAACUGGAAACUCCACGGUGGUCAGAGACACUCUAUGGGGCCGCAAGAGUUCACACUCCAGCUUCACCGUCAACUUGUUCGAAAUCGAGACCUGGGCUUUGAACAAUUGCACAUCUGUGGUCGAACAGGCUACCUCAUGAAAGGCACGCUCCUUUCACGCGGAUACACUGUGAUCAUAAAGGCUACGACUAUGGAGAAGCAGCAUCGCCUCCAAGCGGAAGCUGACAAUUAUCACCGUCUCGGGAGCUUGCAAGGACAACACAUCCCUGUCUGCCUUGGGGAAUUUAAGCCUCGCAUUGCAUAUUGGUACCACGGCGAAUUGAUGGCCCAGAUGAUGGUCUUGAGCUGGUCUGGAACGCGGCUUCAGCAUGUCAUCAAUGAUCAGAAUUCCAGAUUCUUUCGCCAAGAGCGAGAGAAAGCACUGGCUGUGCUCCGGUCGCGCGGAGUUAUCCACGGCGACAGUGAGUGGCGUAAUAUGUUAUGGGAUGACCUGGGCGGCAGUUUGUUUGUCGUUGACUUGGAGGAUGUGAAAUGGUUGAAGCGCCCUCGGGCCCUUGAACCCACGUCUGGUAAUACACGGCGCAAUCAUUGCGCCAGAGCAAGGAAAUAUAAGCACGGCUUGAAAAGGGUGGAAUUCUGCGAUAUGGUAGUGCCUUAA